AUGGAACCUGGUGAUGUUGGCGACGUUGGGACGGCGGGGGCAUCCGUCGACAAUGCCGAAGACGACGCGGUGGAUACUAAGGUAGCCAACUGGGCCGAGCUCGAAGCCCGCAUUGACCAAUGCGUCAAGCUCCACCCCAACAUUGUCACGCUGAACGUGGGGGGCACGACGUUCCAAACGUCCAAUGCUACGCUGCUGCGCUGGGAAGGCACGUACUUUCAUGCGUUGCUCAGGUCUGGGCGGUGGAAACCCGACGGCGACGCGUACUUCCUAGACCUAGAUCCAACUCUGUUUCGACGCGUCCUCUUCUUUCUGCGCACGGAAAGGAUCAUGUCGAUGGUGGGGCUGACGGCGGUUGAGUAG